AUGGCCGGCAUUCCUAUGACCGUCACGGCCAUCCCGGCCUUCCCCACCAUGCUGCCUUUCAAUUACACCGGCCCACCUCUGCCAUCCAUCGCCAACUCGUCCCACGCUCACCGCUUCGGCUCGCCAGAGGACCUCAUCGUCAUCUCGGCACGUCGCGUCAACUCAAUCCUGCCAAGCUUGAUCACCGCUUCCAUGGCGCUCGGCAUGGUCGUCUCUGAUUGGUCCAUCCAUCUUCCCUGGGAGUGGAAGCUGCUCUCUAAGCGGAGGAAGUGGAAGCUCUCGCACAUCGCCUACUUUGCGUCGCGCAUCGGCGGGCUGGGAUACUCGAUCACUGCAGUCCUACACGCCAUCGUCGGCAACAUUGCAGGAGGUCCCAUGGAGCUCGGUGCUGCGCGCUGGAACUACGCCAACUUUGCCUGCGAGGCCGACCGUCGCGCCAACAUCUUUUUCUCGCUCAUCUCGAUCGGCGGCAGCACGGGCAUCCUGCUCCUUCGAUGCCUGGCGCUGUACCGCUUCCACAUCGUUGCCGUCGUCACGCUCGGCCUCUUGUGGCUCGCAACACCCGCCUUCCUCAUCGUGGACAUGGUCGUGCUCACCAGCAGGAGCAAACGAAACGGUCUGAGCGCCUGCGAUCCUAGCCCGCCCAGAUUGCAUAGCCACACCAAUCCCAUCCUCUACAUGAUGCCGUGGUUCUUCCUGCCCAUCUUUGACUCGACCAUCCUCGUCAUGUCGCUCAUCGGUCUGCGUCGUGCCUCGCACCGCCGACGAUUCUCGCCUCUGGAAAAGAUGUUCCGCAAGGACAACAUCUUCUACUAUGCCAUCGUCUUCUUGUGCGUCAUCCCGAUUCCGAUCUGGUACAUCUGCCAGCAGCACGACGGUCGCAUGAUGCCCUACCUCAACCUGUACAUUGGCUUGUCGAGCAUCUUGUCGUGUCGCCUCUUCAUCAACCUGUGGAAGGCGAUUGGACGCGAGCUGGCGCUGGCGCAUACGUUUGGCACCAAUUCGCAGGACCACUACCGCGUGGAUACGAGCUUGGAGCAGGCCACUGCCGGGCUGGUAGCGUCACAAGCAAGUGCGGGCGCGCCCACUGACAGUCAUGCGCGUGGCAGCGACUCGAUUCUGGAAAGCGGCGCUUCUGCUGGAGAUAGCAUCGUGGCCGCCUCGCCACUGGACGAGAAGCUCACAAUACCUUCGCCCGUCGAGGCCAAGGUUUCAUCCACCUUCUCACCCACGGCCGUGCAAUCGGCCGAAAGCCUACACAACGUUCGCAUGCGCAGGGUGGUGCCGGACUGGGCCGAUGUCGACCCCGAUCUCGCCUUCAGCCUCAAUGGCGACUACUACGGAGAUUCCAACUCGAUAUCCUACGACUACCAGUCAAGAGGCCUCCAUUCCACUCCCUACUGA